AUGUCGCUUGACCCUGAGAAGCUGUCCAUUCUCAAGGACCAGCUCUACAGCGCUGCUGUCGAAAAGCUCGAAGGAGAUGACGAAAAGGCCUGGGCAAAGGUCUUCUCCCAGGAAGAGCUCCAGAACCUCGAUGUCAUCCCCCCAAAGGACCUGAGGACUCUGGCAGCGGUCAUUCGCGAAUUGACCGACGAGUUCCUCUUCAUCACCAUCAACACGACCUACGGUGCAGCAUGGAGGUUGCGGCCCGAGAAUGAGGCCGUCAAGUACCAUGGCCUGACGCAGGACCAGAACAUCAUCUACUCCCUCAUCGACAACGCCGGUGCCGAGGGCAUAUGGCAGCAGGACAUGCGCAAGAGGACAAACAUGCGCGAGCAGACCCUGAAGAAGGUCCUGAAGGAGCUAGAGAACCAGAAGAAGCUCAUCACCAGCUUCACUUCCGUCCAACAGGUCUCUCACCGGUGCUACAUCAAGGCUAGCAUCAAGCCCAGUGAGAAGGCCACCGGAGGUCCCUGGUUCGCAGAUGGAGACUUGGACGAGUCCUUCAUUGAAAUGUUGCUCGCCGUCACCCACAACCUCAUAAAGCGCGCGGGCACCUACCAUAGUCUGAGGGGUGAAGCCGGCACCCGGAGCGCUAGUUCCAGUCCCGUCCUGCCCAAGAAGGUUAUCAACGGCAGCCAGAGCGACGUGGCCUUGGCAGCUCGGGGGAAGAAACGGCCUGCCGAUGACAUGACUGUCGACCAUGACCCAUUCGCCGACUCCCCCACAAAGUCCCGGAAGAAGUCAGCCAGCCACCCCGUCCGUAUUCCAAUGCCCGCAGGUUACAAGAAUUAUGCAACUCUGUCAGAACUCACCAAACAAAUCGCUGCAGCAAACCUCACCAAGGGUCUACCCCUGAAGGAAGGCGACAUUCAACAGCUGCUAGAUGUUCUCAUGUACGAGAACCGCAUCGAGGAAGUCAAGAUUGGGAGAAAGGUCGGCUACCGCACUGUGAGACCCAUGAAAGUUAAUGUUGCCACCAACACCAUGCUUUUGGAUGAAGAUAACCUGGAGCCUCGUACCAAUGGCUUGACCACCGCGCCUUGCGGUCGAUGUCCUGUAUUCCAACUUUGCGAGGAGGGUGGCCCCGUGUGGCCAGGAGGAUGCGAGUAUUUCGACCAGUGGUUGAUAUGA